UUGAAAAUGGCUACCGAUGGCAAGCCCGUGAAGGGAAUUUUGAAACACACGUCUAGUCUAGACAAGCAUGACAAUCCGUCUGCACUUGGAGUGGAGGGAAGACGGCCAGGGAUGAAGUGGGAUGAGAUGAACAUUCUUGCCACACAUCAUCCAGCAAACAAGGACUAUGGCCAUAUGAAGAUUGACGAGCCCCCAACUCCCUACAGCAAGUAUUCCGAUCCUGAAGAUGAUGAUGGAGAAGGGGAGAGAAGGGGCAGCAUUGGCAAGGGCGAUGUACUUGACCCAUCAGUUAUUGCUGCAAAAUUAACUGAAUCUCAAGAAGCAGAGUUAGCAAGGGAAGAAUCACUAGACACUGAAGGGUCUGAUGAGGAAGAUGAUCUUAAAUUUGAAUCACCAGAAGAUCAAGAACAUAGGAAAGCUUUUGAAUUGAAACGGAAAAUCCACUAUAACGAGUUCCAAGCAGUACAGCUAGCAAAGAAGUUAAUGGCUGAGGAAGAGGAGGAUGAGGAUGAAGAUGAACAGAAAGAAUCAGUAGAAAUGGACAAUGACAGUAGGGAAAGCAAGCCAGUGGAGGACUCAGGGAACUGAACUAUACCUCUCCUAGUCAACACCAGGUCCCUUGAAGUUGACAAUGGCUCAUGGGUUAUAUACAAGCAAUUGAUUGGCUGUAUGUCCAUGUCAUGGUAGUCACUGCUAUGCUGUAGGGCGACAGUAGUUGGCUUUGCACUUUCUCUUCCCCUCUGAUGGAGACUACUGUUAUCUCUCAUGCUGUGACUAUCAACCAUUGUACUGAUGUCUUAAAGAGAAAACCCAAUGUUAACUUCAAACCAAGUUUAGAUAUUCUAUUUUCAUAGAGAACUCAGAACAAAAGUCAAAAGGUGCAUGAUAUGAACCCAUUUCAUGCAUUAGAAUUAAUUUGGUAUUUGUUGUUUUGAAUGUCUUUUAAAUGAUGAUUAAAAUAUUAUUGCUAUGAUAUUAGAAUUAUAAGUAUGUUAUUAGAAUUAUUUAUAUAAUAUCUUGAUUAUUGACAUGUUAUCAUGAUUACUGACAAAUUAUUGUAACUGAGGAUGUGUCAGAAUUGUGGACAUGAUGUCAUAAUUAUUGAUAUGUAUAAUUAUAGUAUCAUCAUUGGUUGGCAAACUCUCAGUCAUAUUUUUAUGGGUUAAUACCAACUGCAGUAUGGCUGAUAUUAAAGAUUGAAGAAAAAAUGUCAAAUGGAAGAAGUCUGUAAACAAAGCAGUAUGAUGAUCAGGAUUAUGAAGAGCAGUUAGCUUUGUGAAUAUAGCUAUGUCUUCUAAACAUUGAUGAAGACUUUGAUUGUGAACACAUAUUAAAGGUAUGCAAAUGUAUUUUAUGAGAAUGUCUGAUAUAACUGAGUUAUGUUUUAUACUUACAAUAUUGUCAGAAUUGUCUUCCCUUGCUUUCUACAUGUCCAAGCAUUCCCAGUAGUUCUUGUAGUUUAAUCAGUUUAUCAAAAUGCAUCAAUCACACAUUUUCUCAGCACAAUGAUGUUAUGAUAUGAUCAUAAAGUGACACUUCGCACCAAAUAUAUUUUGUGAAAAUAUUGCCCUUAAUUGUCAAAUAUAUUAAUACACUGAUACUGUAGUGAAGAAAUCAGUCUGCUGUCCUGUGCUUAUAUAUCAAAAUGGAACUUGUAAUGUUUCCUUCCUAUGAUCCACCCAUUCUGUUAAGGUGAGAUAAAUUGUGGAUGGUCUCAGUAUUAUAUGCUGUGGGAUGACAUUUCAUGAAAGCAAUCACAGCUGUCUUGAUUCACAGCAUUGUUUGUUCACUCGUACAUGUAUAAAGAUUGAUGUAAUGUUUCGAGCACCCUAGUGUCCUGACACUGAGGCUCUCAAUACACCUGACCUGAUGCUCUUAAUAUCCCAGGCAUCCAAUUGUCCUACUUGCACCCCAGCACCCAAUACCCCUUUCUACACUGUAUUCAGCCAAACUCGAUCACACUAUGCACCCCUGGUGUCUCAAAGAUCCCAUGCAUCCUAUACACCCCACCUUCAGUACAGCCCAACACCCAGUGUACCCCUGGUGUCUUAUAUCAACGCGGCUUCCUAUACACCUAACAUCGGGUACACCCCCAACAUCUUUAUAUACCCCUGGUGUUCAUACAACCCCUGCAUCCUAUACACCCAACAUCAAGUACACCCCAUACACCACCAACACCCUGGUACAGCCCUGGUGUCUUAUACCAACCCGGCUUCCUAUACACCCAACAUCAAGUAUGCCCCAUACACCACCAACACCCUGGUACAGCCCUGGUGUCUUAUACCAACCCAGCUUCCUAUACACCCAACAUCAAGUACGCCCCAGCACCCCAGUCACUUCAUACAUCCAUCCCAUAAUACACCCUAACACCAUAUCUAGAACAGGGCCGUGGGAUUGCCAAGUGGUUCAAGCAUUCACUCGUCACACCAAAGCCCCAGGUUCUGGUGUUCCAUUUCUGGUGAUAUUGCUGGAAUAUUGCUAAAAGUGGUGUAAAACCCAACUCACUCAUCUAGGAAUCUCACUCACCCCAAGCACCACAUGGAGCUCCAUACACCUCAUACAUCCUCAGCAGCUAGCCCUCUCUUCUUCCCAGCACCUUCUAUGCCCCAGCAUUCCAUAUACCCAAGGCAGCCCAUACACCCAACCUCUUAAACAUCCCCAAAUUCCUACACGAUCCCACCAACCCACAUACCCACACACCUCUAUCCAUGAAAGGGCCAUUGGUUCUAAUGUCUGAGAAUAUGGAAACAUGUUUGUUCAAACUAGUAUUACCACAGUCAAACUACAUCCUGGCAUUCAACUGUUUCUCAAGACUUUGCUUACAUUGACCAGCCUUUUUUGUUUUAUUUCCAGUAAUUUAUGUCAUGUUAUGGUGUGUAAAAAGCCUUAAGUAAAUGGUCAAAAUAAUACUGUUACUUUUUCUUCAGUACACCAGUUAGUGCUAGUUUCACUGAAUGUUACAGUGACGUGUUUAUCAGCUGUCAAACUUCAGCUUUGAACCAUGACAAUACCAAAGAGGGAUGUGGAUUUCAUAGGCACUCCAGUGUAAUAUCUUGAAAAGACUUUCGUGUCACCAGACAUGCAAUUUACCAUUUAUAGUUAUGUUCUUGUGUAUCCUGUGUCGUGUGUUAGAAAGAAAUAGCUCAGUGGAUUUUCUUUCAGUUGUAAGGUUCAAGUUGCAUAAUGUUUGUUACACAUGAUCUUAAUCAGAAAUUCCAAAUGAAUGAGUGAAUUUAACAUAUUGUUUGUAAAAUAGUUACAAUUUAUAGAAUCACAACGUGCAAGCCUAACAUGGAAAAUGUGUUUUUCCCCAGGAUAGGCAACUUGACAGUCUGUCACUUUUCGUGUCUGUUCCCUUUCUUGUUAUUUUUAAGAAAAUGUUCUCAAUCAUAAAUCAUUAAGUUUUUCCCAGGCCCUUUUUUGUGUAUUUUGGAAUACAGGAAGCAACAAACACCACCAGUCUCAAAUGACUUAAUUACAUAAAAAAAAUCCUCAAUUUGCUUUGCAGAGUUGUGUCCCUUAGGUGUGCUGGGAUUCUGCGUGGGUUCAAGUCCUGGUUCACCCUGAUAUUAAUGUUUACAGGUCUGUCGGCAUGCGUUUCAUGGAAUUAGUGGACAUAACUUUGGAUUUCCUUUUAACCCAAGCUGACCCACUCUGAUAUACUGUUCUCGUAUACCCAGUGUAAAAUCAAACUCACAGAGACUAGGUUACCUAACAAAAGUUCAUUUAGGGAGCCAAGUGCUGUCCUUAAACUUACUGUGCAGGACAAGGGUUGAAUGUUACAGUAGGCUGUUAAAAUCAGCAGGUGUCAUGAGUAGAAUUUUGAUGUAAAUUUGAAAGUUUGCUCUUAUAUUAUUAUUUUUUUAUUGCUUUGGAGAAUGUUUAUAUUUUAGGUGGGAUAUUAUUUCUCAUCGGUCAUUCAUCAUUCAGUGUCAUAUGUACAACUACUGGUAGUAUUUGUAGUACAAGAUGCAGCCAACAUGAACUUAGUACUUUGUGUUGUGUUUGAAGUGAAUCAUUAUUCAGGAUUCACUUUAUAAGACAAAACAUGUUAGAAUUUGUUUUAGGUGAGUAGUUAAGGAAGAGAUUGGUAUAGAUUUUAAAGUUAUAUUAUUUGCAGCCAAUCCAAACCAAGUGGAUUGUAGCUUCAUUAGUGACAUACAGUGGGUACAGUGGAAUGAGAAUGGCAUACACGUCUGGGUUAGACAGCAAUAUAAUACCUGUGACAAAAUCAUAUUCCAGCUAGCGUUGUGUCCCAUCGUGUUUCACUUACUAAGUCAAUGAUCAGAGACAUGUAUACAGUGAUAAUUUAAGCAGGACAUAACCCUAAUGUCAAAAGUUAGAGAUGUAGAAAGCCUAGCAAUCUUAAGGACUCCAGGAUAUCUGUAAGAUUGAAAACCCUAAUGUCAAAAGUUAGAGCUGUAAAAGUCCUAGCAAUCUUAAGGACUCCAGGAUUUCUAUAAUUUCAAACAUGAGUACAUUCACACCACUUUAUAAGUCUUAUAUUUGGUAGGAAUUGUGAAAAGCAACUUAGGAUAAGAGAGCCUCAAAUAUGUGAACAAAUUGUCUUUUGCCCCACAAUUUCAGUCCAGAAUAGGGAGACAACUUGAUAAAUAAUAUUCAGGGUGCUGUUGUACAAAGAUAUCUUAGUGCUAAGUGAAUUGUAACUCUGAAAGUCAUGUUGCUAAGGUGGUUUUGUAUAAUGGCACCCAGGGGACAAAAAUCUUGAUAAGUCUGCAUGAGUCAUGUUUGGACAGAUUCUAUGGUGUGGUGUCCACAGCUAGAUUGAUGACUGACUGCUGUGAUAUCCUCUUGCCCAAUGUAUGCUGUCUUGUUAUAUCUGCAAUAGCUAUGUUAAGUACUCCUAGUCACUAUCAACUACAUAGGCAAUGACUGUACCUUGCCAUACAUAUACGCAUAUAAUCAACAUCAUUGUAUUCCGUAUAUUAACAUGUAUAUAGCUACGCAAAACAUUAAACAUGUCAAUCAUGCAUAUAAAAUGCUUGGAAGCAACAAGCUUGGUACUUUCAACAGACUCGUAGUGUUAUUUUGAUCAUGGUGUAACUGUAGAAAUAGAUUUUGUUAUUGAUGAGAGAGACAGAGAGCAUUUAUUGGAAGAUUGGUUUGUUUUUGUAAAUGCAUUCUCAUAGCACCACUGGUAUGGUUGAUAUACCUUAUAUCUUCAUAAUGUAUAAGUUCAAUGGCGUAUAAACUCUGAUAUCUAUUGGAUAGUGAUUAAUUUGAGCUUUAUCAAAGUCACAUUAUUUAUGACUCAUCCUGUCAAGUUUCACAUUAAUGAGUCAUUCUGUGGUUGCCAAUGUGAUAUGUUCCAAGUGUUUCUGGCAGUAGUGUUGCUCAAAACCUCUGUGUUUCUCUGAACUAAACUACAAGGUAUGUUGAAUCUGGACAGUCACUCAUUGACACAAGCAAAACCUAAACCAUACUAACUAUCCCCAAUGUUAUUUGAUUUAAUCUGUAUGACACUUUUCCAUUUUUAGCUGAAGGGUACCAGUAGUCCAAUUCCCAGUGUUAGGAGGCAGCAGUUUACCUUGCAAAGUUACCUCCCUUAGGCCAGACAAAGUCAAGAGUUCAAAUACCUGACUUGUUGGGAUUGUGAUCCUUGGUUUAUCAGCACCUAUUCUCCUGUUUUCAACCAAAACAUAAACCAUCUGUGACUCUUCAUAGUGUUGUAAACCCAGCUCAUUCUAUUUGCUUGUAUUAGAGUUAAAACUUUUGAAUAAUCUUUUUAAGAAAAUGUUUUAAAAAUGAUAAACCUUUCUGCUUCCUGUCAUUCACUGUCCAAAAAGCAGAAAAUACAUUGAAUACAUUGAUCCUUACAGAAGUGUUUUGAAGUGUCAAAAAUGAUCAUUGAAAUAAGUUUCAUAUGUAUUUUUGCCUGCUCUAUGCAACCAGAAUUUCAAAACAGAAUGUUGGCAACACUGAUGAAUCUAAACCCACAAUUUGUUUGAGAUACCAAUUUUAACUGGUUACAUGUGUGUGAUGUUACCUCAACCUCAUCAUUUGUGUAUUUAUUAUUUUGAAUUGACAUAUCACUCUACUUCAAAAUGUUUGCUUUACACAUCAAACUUGAUCUCAUCAACAUCGAUUUUCAUAUUUCUUAAACGAAUCCCCAUUGGGCUUAAUAUUUGUGCAUCUUCAGUAAAGUAAUUUUUUGAAGCAUUGUCUUCAUGGCUAAAGAAAUCUUGUGCUUCUGUGAUUUUAAGUUGCUUAGUAAAAAUGGUAACUGAUUAUUUUCUACACAUUUGUCAUAUGUUGUUAUCAUGUGAGAUUAUACAUAUAGGACAUUCUAUCAAAGAGAUGCAAGAAAAUGAUGGAAAGAACUGUCCUGACGGUGCUGACCCUGUUCCACAAAAUGAUCUAAAACACUAAGAAUAUCCCAACUGCAUAGGACAAUAGCAGUACUAAGAUUGUGUGAUGGACUAGGGCCCAGAGUCUUGUUCUUUAACUGGUAGGGGAGUAUGUGUGGUGUUGUUGUUUAAAGCCACACUCCACAAUGUGUGAAGCUCAUUCCUGGUGUCCCCUGCCGUGGUAUUACUGGAAUAUUGCUAAAAGCCGUGUAAAAUCCAACUCACUCACUAAAGCCACACUCAUCAACAGCACACCUGUAUGUCAGCAGUGUGAAAAUAAUCAAAUCUGGACCAGACAAUCCAGUUAUUGAUGUCCUGAGCAUCGUUCUACGGAUUUGGAUAUGAUGACAUGCAUCAAUCAAGUCAGUGAAUGUUAUCAAAUAAUUUCAGUCGCCUAAAACAAUAAGCAUGGGCUGCUAAAAACCAGUUCUGACCUUUAUGUGAUUAUAAGUUAUGUAAGUAUCAGUUUUCUAAGUGCCACAGUGCUAAGAUCACUUGUGGAACAAGGCCUGAUCUGUUGAUGAUAAAUUGCCCAGAUUGUAACGUGCUGUUGUUUGGGUGAAAGGAAGUGGUGAUAUGGAAAUUGAAUAAGUGUUUGUGAACCAAAUGGCAUAUCCUUUUGUAAUGCUCUAUAUGUAAACAUGAAAUAUGAUUAUGUGAACGUAUGGAUAGUCUGAUGUGGAAUUUAUCCAGAAGACAUGUCUGAGGAAUAAAUAUGAUAAUAUGUGCAGAAGUA